AUGGAUAAGCUCAAGGAACUUCAGGAGCCUUUUGUGGAUAGUGUAGAUCGCUUGAAUGAGACGUCUGCUCAACACACUUUAGAUCACGUACGACUUCCACAAAUAAAGCUACAAACAUUUAGUGGAAACAUCGACGAAUGGAUGAGUUUUCGUGAUCUGUACACUUCUCUCAUCCAUUGGAAGACUGAUCUUCCGGAUGUAGAGAAGUUUCAUUAUUUGAAGGGCUGUUUGCAAGGUGAGCCAAAGAGUUUGAUUGAUUCUCUUCAAAUUACGCGGGCAAAUUAUCAGGUGGCCUGGGAUCUUUUGGUAAAACGUUAUAAUAACAGCAAAUUGUUAAAGAAGAAACAAAUUCAAGCUUUAUUUAAGCUCCCUCAACUUUCGAGAGAAUCCCCAUCGGAACUGCAUUGUUUGGUGGAAGAGUUUCACAAGGCUGUUCAAAUACUGGAUCAGGUAGUUCAAGCUGCUGAUUACAAAGAUUUGUUGUUGGUACACUUAUUAACCAGUCGUUUAGAUCCAGUUACGCGUCGCAGUUGGGAAGAGCACUCAGCUUCUGAAGAACAAGAAACAAUCAAUCAGCUUAUGGAUUUUCUUCAGAAAAAGGUCACAGUUCUGGAAUCUUUGCCGGUCAAAUCUGCUGAAUCUAAAUUUGUUCAUCAACAUCUUUCGAAACCACGGCUACCUUUUGUGAAAACAAGCUACGGGUCUUUUCAAACGUCAGGUUCUAAUUGUCCUAUGUGUUCUGGUGGUCACUUUUUGCACGAAUGUGCUGAUUUUAAAAAACUCAAUGCUACUGAAAGGGAUUCGGUCUUAUUGAAACAGGCGUUGUGUCGAAAUUGUCUCCGAGCUGGGCAUCAGUCAAGGGACUGCAAAUCGAAAUUUUCUUGUCGGAAUUGCAAGGGACGCCAUCACACUUUGGUUUGCUUUCGAUAUGGUAACGGAAAUACUGCUAGCACAAGUAAUUUAAAUAACCGGAACAAUGGAAAUUCGGUAAAUGCUGCGAGUGUCGAGUCAGACGAGUUAGAGAAUGUCACGUCAGCGUCGGCGUCAGGUGUAAAGCGUCCAUCUACGGUUUUGCUAGCCACGGCGGUUGUUUGGUUGGAGGAUAAGCAUGGCGUUAAAGUUCCAGCGAGAGCACUUCUAGAUUCCGGGUCGGAAUGCAAUUUUGCUACAGAAAGAGUGAGUCAACUCAUCAAUGCAAGUCGGAAAAAUGUGUCGGUUACAGUCCAAGGAAUUGGUCAAUUAAAUUCACAGGUGAAACAACAAAUUCAAGCAAAGAUUCGUUCGAGAAUUUCGGAUUUUACUUUAAUGGCGGAUUUCUUAGUUUUGCCUAAGGUUACAGCAAACUUACCAACGCAAUCCGUAGAUAUUUCGGGCUGGAGGAUGCCCCAGGAAAUAACUUUGGCGGACCCAGCAUUUUUCAAAUGCAGAUCAGUAGAUCUUGUGUUGGGAAUUGAAUCGUUUUUCUCGUUCUUCAAAUCAGGUCGGGAAAUUUCUCUGGGCAACAACCUCCCAAGACUGAUUGAGUCUGUUUUUGGAUGGGUGAUUUGCGGUGGUCAAUCUUUAUCAAAAACAAGUGACCAAAUCACCUGUAACGUGUCAGUUUCGGAAACUAUAGAGGAAAUGGUUUCCCGUUUUUGGUCAAGCGAGGAAAUCGAUGUUGGUCCCAGUUUUUCGCCUGAAGAAGCGCGCUGUGAAGAAAUUUUCAAACAAGACGUUCAACGUUCGGAAGAUGGUCGGUAUGUUGUCAGUUUACCAAAGAACGAGUCUGUUAUUCAGCGUUUGGGUGAAUCGAAAAGAAUCGCAAUCGAUCGUCUCAAAGGUACAGAGCGCAGGUUAGCUCGAAAUCCUGUUUUACACGAUGAAUAUCAUAAAUUUAUGAAUGAGUACAUUAAGCUGGGUCAUAUGCAAAAGGUUGAGGAAAGGGAUUCCAAAAAGCGGUGCUUUCUCCCACAUCACCCAGUUCUAAAAGAGGCCAGUACAACUACUAAAGUUCGUGUUGUUUUCGACGCAAGUUGCAAAACUUCUUCGGGGAUUUCAUUAAACGAUGCCUUGCUGUUGGGUCCGACAAUUCAGCAAGAUCUUCGAUCUAUCAUUUUGCGAAGCCGAACAAAGCAAAUUUUGAUAGUUUCAGACGUCGAGAAAAUGUUCCGCCAAGUUUACGUUAGGAAGGAAGACAGGCCUCUACAGUGCAUUCUGUGGAGAAGUUCUCCAGAAAAGGAAAUAGAUGUUUACGAAAUGAAUACGGUUACAUACGGUACAAAGCCUGCUCCAUUUCUAGCCACUAGAGCACUGAAACAAUUAGCUAUGGAUGAGAAGGAGCACUAUUCAAGAGCAGCUCAGGUACUUCAGACUGAUGUCUAUAUGGAUGACGUCAUCACGGGAGCAGACUCAAAGGAAGAAGCAAUUAUGUUGCGCCAGGAACUCGAUGCAAUCAUGAAGUCAGGUGGAUUUUUACUUCGAAAAUGGGCCUCGAACUGCCCUGAGGUGUUGGACGGCAUUUCAGAGGAAAAUUUAGCGAUAAAGGAGUCGGAAGAAAUCUUGUUAGAUCCAGAUCCGUCAGUUACAACCCUUGGUUUGGUUUGGAGGCCAAAAUCGGACAUUUUGAAGCUUAAAUUUCAAAUUCCACGGUUGGAAUUAACGGAACAAUUAACAAAACGGAAGAUCUUAUCAGUAAUUGCGUCUUUGUUUGAUCCAUUGGGUUUGGUUGGAGCUGCUAUUACAACAGCAAAGAUUUUUCUACAAUUACUCUGGACUUAUGAAGAUAGUAAUGGUAAAAAACUGGAUUGGGAUUCACCUUUACCCAAAAUGGUGGGUGAGGAAUGGUGGGAAUUCUACAAACAACUUCCCUUACUGCAAGAAAUUGCUAUUGGUCGUUGUCUUAUCAUUCCCAAGGCUGUUUUGGUGGAAAUUCACUGUUUUUCGGAUGCGUCAGUAAAAGCUUUUGGCACGUGCGCUUACGUGAAAAGCAAAAAUGCAGAAGGCAGUGUUUGGAUACGUUUAGUCAGUUCAAAAUCCAAGGUAGCCCCACUCAAGUGCCAGUCGAUUCCCCGUUUGGAGCUGUGUGGCGCCUUGAUGGCUGCUCAACUUUACCAAAAGCUAGCGGAAUCCUUACAAAUAUCGUGUAAGGACCUCAGGCAUCUUUUGCAAAAUAAAGAUUUCCAAGAGAAGGUUUCGAAGGAAUGUGCCAAUGAUGGAAUUAAAUGGCAUUUUAAUCCCCCCAGUGGUCCGCACUUUGGUGGCUUAUGGGAGUCAGCUGUUCGGUCUGCAAAACAACACCUUUUCAAGGUCAUGAAGGAAACUGCGCUCUCGAUCGAAGACAUGACAACAAUGUUGGUGCAGGUAGAAGCCUGCCUGAACUCCAGACCAUUAACCAAGAUGUCCGAUGACCCUGACGACCUUGAACCAUUAACACCUGCACAUUUUUUAAUUGGUUCAUCUCUGCAAUCGAUUCCUGAAGAGGAGCUGUUGAAAAUUCCCUUUAAUCGCCUGGAUGCCGUUCAAUCAGUUCAGAAAAGUCUUCAGAACUUCUGGAAGCGAUGGAAAACGGAAUAUUUAAAUCAGCUACAAGGAAGAACAAAGCGAUGGCGUCCUGCUGUCUCAAUAGAUGUUGGCCGAUUGGUUGUGAUCCACGAAGAUCAUCUUCCGCCACUCAAGUGGAAAAUGGGAAGAAUUCACGAGGUUCAUCCGGGAGAAGAUGAGAUUAUCAACAGCAUCGAGAAUGAAAAUGGUCGCAUGCUCAAUCUCUGCUCCAUCAACGACGGACCCCAAUUGGCUACGAUUGAAUACGCUCCUACGCCCUUGCCUUGCUCAACGUUGUUCCUCAUCACCCUGCUCUGCUGCUUUCAUUCGAUAUCCCUGGAGCUGUUGCCCACAUCGAAAAACCUAUUUUCCAUGGGAUCUCAAACCGAUGUCAUCUACACUGACAUGUCAGCUGCUUUCGUCAAGGUGAACCAUGACAUAGCCAUCGCCAAACUCGAUCGUACUGGUAUCAGCGGGUCUUUACAGGAAUGGUUCUGCAGCUACCUGGUUGGACGAAAACUCAUUGCCGGAUAG